UAGUUUUACAGCAAAGAAAGAGCUUGUAAAAUCGAAUCUCUCUCCCCAGAUUUAGCCCUAAACCGUUACUUGCCACCCUCUCUCUCUCUCUCUCUCUCUGGAUUUUCCCGGAAAAUUGAAUCUACUUCCUGCCAUAGUUUUCCUCGUAUUCCGUCUCUGAUAUUUCUCUGACCCCCGCCGCAUCGAAUCCGAUUCUUAGAUUUAGGGGGGAGGUACAGAGAAAUCUAAAACCUAGAUCCUUGCUUUGCUUCCUUGAUCAGAUUCGAGAUUCCUUGACCCCCCUCUUUGGUUUGCUUCAUCUCGACGAAAACAGGGAGAGGAAGGAACGAACGGAGAAACUCAUUUCCUCGAUUUCUCUCCUUGAAUCAAUCGUCUCCUUCCGUUGACCAGAUCUUCCGAAUCCUCUCUCUAUCUCUCUCAUGUUACAAUCCGAUUCAACUAUGCGCUGACUAACGACAGAAAGGAAGAAGAGAGAGCCACGCCUUGCUUCUUUUGUUUUCAAUCAGGAUCGGUGAUUAAUGGAGUUUCUGAAUGUUUGUUUACUCCUCGCUAUGAUUCUCAGCUCCCUCUUUGUCCAUUCACAACAACAAGAUCAAGCCCGGACUUUUUCACCGCCUCCUCCUCCUUCGCCGACUCUUCAAGCUAACACGCCUCCUCCUCCGCCGCCUCAAAACAGCGUUGGCAUUCUGACUCCUCCGCCUCCUUCUCCUCCGCCUCAUAACAGCGUCGGCAUUCUGACUCCUCCUCCGCCGCCUUCUCCAUCACCACCGCCGCCGAGUCCAAAACCUCCUCCUCCUCCUCCUCCGCCUGCGCUAGCUUCUCCUCCACCUGCUAACAGAAACAAAUCACGGAGGCUACGACCGCCAUCUCCGCCUCCUCCGCCGCCUCCACGGAUCUUCAAACAGCCAGAGAAAAGUGGAUUAAACAGAGGGAAGACGGUUGGUCUUGUGUUCGCUGGGUUCGCAGGGAUGCUGCAGAUAUGCGUUGUUGCCUUCUUGGUUUUCAAAAGAAAGCAGCUUUUAAGGAUGACACAUACUUACUGAUUAUUCCAAAAGGGACAAACUUUAAAAGAAGAGAUCAUCAAGGCUUCAUCAUUAGCCCUUCUCCCUCCCCUUAUCGGAUCUAUCAAGACUUCCUCUGUAAAUGGGUACAUUCUGGGUUUGACAAAGUUCUUUUUUUAUAAUAUUUUUUUGUUCUUUUUACGGUCGUCUAGUUUUUUUUUUUCAUUUACAUGCCUAAUGAUGCUAACUAGAGUGAAACAGAGAGAGGUGUCGAGAGAAAGAAGUGGCUCUCAAGUCAUGUAAUAUUGUUUUUAGUCCAAUUCUGUGAGAGGAAAAAAAAACGAUAAUAUAAUUUCAUUUGUGAGCUUUGUUACUUUGAAUAUUCUUGUUAACAUUCUCUAAAUGAGUCCGGGUUGUACACAGA